GGGUUGAGGAACGAGCUCUGGCCCUGAGUCGCGGAGGCCGGGAGCAGCGGGCACUGCAGGCGCAGCUUUGGUGCAGGCAAGGGCACGGCGCACGCAGUGGCUUCUGGACGGCGCGAUGACUGGACGCAGGUAACUUCUGAGUCUGCAGACAAGAGGCGGAGAAGAUGAAGGAAGACUGUCCACCCAGUUCUCACGUGCCCAUCAGUGACAGCAAGUCCAUUCAGAAGUCGGAGCUCUUAAGCCUGCUGAAAACCUACAACUGCUAUCAUGAGGGCAAAAGCUUUCAGCUGAGACACCGAGAGGAAGAAGGGGCUCUGAUCAUCGAGGGUCUCCUCAACAUCUCCUGGGGACUCAGGCGGCCCAUCCGGCUCCAGAUGCAGGAUGACCGGGAGCGAGUGCACCUCCCUUCAGCCUCGUGGAUGCCUGGACGGCCCAGUUGCCAGCCAAAGGAGGCAUCUCCCCAGGACAGCAGUGUCACUGCUGAGGAGCCACACGCUCAGCAAGUGCAUAAGGCCGAGAGUUCCAGGGACAGCUCAGGGCCACUGGAGGAGGAUGAGGAGGCCCCACAACUAAUGCGGACCAAGAGCGAUGCCAGCUGUAUGAUCCAGAGGCGGCCCAAGUGCCGCACCCCCGGUGAGGCCCAGCGCAUCCAGCGACACCGAUUCUCCAUCAAUGGGCACUUUUACAACCACAAGACCUCCGUGUUUACCCCUGCCUAUGGGUCCGUGACCAACGUGAGGGUCAACAGCACUAUGACAACCCUGCACGUGCUCACCCUGCUGUUGAACAAGUUCAGAGUGGAAGAUGGCCCCAGUGAGUUUGCACUUUACAUCGUUCAUGAGUCUGGAGAGCGGACAAAAUUAAAAGACUGUGAAUACCCACUGAUUUCCAGAAUCCUGCACGGGCCAUGUGAGAAGAUUGCCAAAAUAUUCCUGAUGGAAGCUGACUUGGGUGUGGAAGUUCCCCAUGACGUCGCUCAGUACAUUAAGUUUGAAAUGCCAGUGCUGGACGGUUUUGUUGAAAAAUUAAAAGAAGAGGAGGAAAGAGAAAUAAUCAAACUGACCAUGAAGUUCCAAGCCCUGCGUCUGACAAUGCUGCAGCGCCUGGAGCAGCUGGUGGAGGCCAAAUAGCUGGCUGCCUCCUGCCUCUUCCAAAGCCCCCAACAGCAGCAGGUCCACACUGAGCCCUUGUGGCUGGAUCCUGGUUGGACACACUGACUGAUGGCUACCACUUUGAGGAAUAAAGCCCCUGUGCUUUUACCUGUUUGAAGCCUAAGAACCAUGAGUCCCACAGCCCUAGCUCUUGGCUCCAAAGUGAGCACCCAUAGGGAGCAGACCCAAGUCGUUGAGUGGGAUCUGUUUGGCCAGCUUGUUCACACCAUGCCUCUUCUGCUCAGGAGAGCAGUGCCUGACUCAGCCCCUGUGGCAUAGGCUUCAUCCAGUUGCUCGGUGCCUGACUCAGAGCUCCUACAGGGCCACAAGUCCCUACCCCCAUCCUCCGCAUGAGCUACAAGAUUCCUGUCUGCCCUCAAAUCAUGCUGCCACACAGGAACUCUUUUGCAAAAAAAAAAAAACCCAAAAAACAGGGACUGCCAGCAGGUAUGGGACAUGUCCUGCUCCCAGCGUUCACCUCACCAUGGUGUCCCUGGUCUCCAAACCUCCAAUGUCACUCCAUGAGUCUCCCACAGCCCAGUGCCGCUGGCACAGAGGCGAGACCAUGAAUAAGACCAUCUUCUCUACAAAAAUCAGUCUUAACUUCAUCAGCAAGACCCAAAGGAAUUCCUAUAAGGAGCUUACUGCAAGAAACAUGUCAAUUUGAUCACAUUUAGGAGGUGGUUCACACAGCAUU